AUGGCGGUGAUGCGGGGUGGAGUGGCGGCGGCGACGAACCUCGUUCCUUUUGUGUGUCUUAUCCCGUCCCGUCCUCCACCCCUCUUUAUAUGGCACAGUGUGACGGGGGCCCACCAGCCAUUGGGCUGGGCGCCCCCGAUCAGGGCGCGGGUCAAGGCCCCCUUGAGCCGUUGGGCUCAAGGGGAGGGAGAUCCAUCUAACACUGAUGUCUAUGAAGGAAAACUUGAGGAUAAUACAUUGGUGGCUGUGAUGAAAUGCAAUCUGGUAAACAAGGCCCAGAAAAAGGUUUUUAGCAAUGCAGCAAUGAUACAGUCCCAAAUUGUUCACAAGAACAUCAUCAAAAUUUUAGGUUGCUGCUUGGAGGAGGAGAUUUUAGUUCUUAUAUACGAGUAUCCUUCUAGAGAGAAUCUCUAUGACAUUCUGUACGGUGUAAAAGCUGUCCGACUGGUUUCACGCCUGAAUAUAGCAAUUAAGAUUGCAGAAGCAUUACUACACAAUCAUUCUUGUCUCAUCCAACAAGGUUCUGUUAUGAGAACCAAUAUCCCACACGGUUAUGUUAUGACACCCAAUAUACUUGUCGAUGGUAACUUUGUGCCAAAGCUAGCAGGCUUUUCAGUCUCACCCAGACUUAUUGAGGGCAACAAGCAUGCUAUGUUUGAUUAUGACAAUAUGAACUGCUAUAAGAACUACUUUGACCCAAGUUUUCCUAAGUGUGGGAUACCAACGGUCAAAAACGAUGUGUACAGCUUCGGUAUUGUCCUCUUGGAGCUCAUUAGCAGGAAUAGACCAGUAUGUCAAGAAGGGGAUAAUCUCCUUGUGUCUAAAUUUUUGAGAACUUACAACAGAGACAUACAUGGAAAGGCAAUGUUUGAUGAGAGAAUCACAGAAGAAGAAGACAUUCAUGCCCUUGAUGAUAUUGGGAGGUUGGCGUUGAGAUGCACGCAUCCAAAAACCAACAGGAGACCAACAAUGAAGGAAGUGGCUGGACACCUUGAGAUGAUCAGGAGCUCUUGGAAACUGAAGACGGCCAUGGGAGCUACCACAAGUUAACUGAAGCCGAAGCUGCAAAGGCCGUUGGCAACGAUGGAACUGAAGCCAAAAUAUAUUGCGUCAUAACCUAUUUUAAGAAAAAUAAAAAAAGUAUAUUGCGUACAAUUACAUACUCCAUCCGUACUCGUAAAGGAAGUCUUUUAGGACAGCUAUACGGUCUCCAAAACACAACUUUGACUUCUUGUUUCUAUAAAAAUAUUUAUUGAAAAGUGAUAUAUGUAUACUUUUAUGAAAGUAUUUUUCA